GAGUUUCGUUGCGUGUAUUUCUCCCGGUCGAUAAUCCGCAGUCCCAGUCAAACCUUCAUAGUGAACGGAGUGUAAACCCACAGAUUGCGGUCCAAACAUGAGUUAUUUAGAAAAAAUGGAUCGUUACUUGGAUUCUUUGAAAGUCGGCAAGAGUGCAAUGGUAGAUUCGUGGUUUAUGAUGUCGAGCCCAAUGCCGAUAUUGUCUGUUGUUGUGUUGUACUUACUCUUCAUCAGGAUCGGACCAAGGGUGAUGAAGAACCGAUCUCCGCUGCGGAUGAAUAAACUCAUUAGCUAUUACAACGCUUCGCAAGUAGUGCUUGCUACCAUGAUUUGCGUGAAGGUGUUUAAGUUGAAUCUCUUUAGAGAUGGUAUAUUGUAUGCAGGGUGUAGAUAUCCGUCCAACUCGCAAAAUCCUAUGCUACUAGAUUUAGGCUGGUGGUAUUUUUUUGCAAAAUUCACCGAGCUUCUAGAUACAGUAUUCUUCGUACUAAGGAAGAAAGACAAGCAGCUGACUUUUCUUCACGUUUAUCACCACGUGAUCAUGGCUCUCUACUCGUGGAGCUACCUUAAAUUUGCAGCUGGUGGGGAGGGAGCUAUUCUUGCACUUUUGAACUCAAUCGUCCAUGUGGUUAUGUACACUUAUUACUUGCUGUCAGGCUUGGGACCAAGGUUUCAGAAGUACUUGUGGUGGAAGAAGUACGUUACUAAGAUGCAAUUGAUUCAGUUCAUAUUGAUGCUUUCCUACUGUGCUUGGACAUACAACUCGCCUAGAUGUCAAUACGCUACUGGGUUCACCUAUUUCAUAUCCGCUAAUGUUACUAUUUUCCUUUUAUUGUUCCUAAACUUUUAUUCUAAGAGUUAUAAGAUUAAGAAAGAUUGUAAGAAAGAAAAUAUAAAGACAUCAAACGGAUUUAAUAAGCAAAAUGGAACAACAGAUAAAUCUGAAAUGAAAGAUAACGGGGUUUGUCGAGAAGAAAAAAAUGAUAGUCCUAGUAUUGAAGAAAUACCAUUCGAAGUGAAUAAAGCUUGUGGCGAUUAUAUAAAAGAUGGCAAAGUAUUCCUAACGAGGCGUACCGCUAAAGCUACAUACGGACCGGAGUACGAUUUCGACAGGAUAAUAAAAAAAUGAUUUUCCAAAUUUGAAAAUCGAUUUAGAUUGUUCAUUUGAGACUGAUGUUUGUGAUGAUGAAGAUGGAUAUUCUAUUAUAGCCUAAAUUAAAAGUUAAUACGGAUUAGUCAUGGGGUUUAGAUUAGAGCUACUUUAAAUCUUAAUCGCUUUGGUGAUUUUUGGAAGCAUUCGACCUAGAAUUUCUUAUCACA